AUGACCUUGCUGUAUUUUACAGGUGCCUGCCCGCCUGCAUCCACAUGGCUGGCGUCUUCGGUACCCUUCGUCUACGGCACCCUGAAGAAGGGGCAGCCCAACUACCACCGUAUGUUGGAGUGCGCCAAUGGGAAGGCGGAGUUCCUCGCCUCGGCCUGCACCACCGAGAAAUACCCGCUGGUGAUCGCCAGCCACUACAACAUCCCCUUCCUCCUCAACGUCCCCGGCCAGGGCCACCGAGUCCAGGGAGAGAUCUAUAGAGUGAACGACAAGAUGCUCGAAUUCCUGGAUGACUUCGAGGAGGUUCCCACCCUGUACCAGCGGGCUCGGGUCAGAAUGGAGGUGAAGGAGUGGGUGGGCGAGACCGAGGGGGAGGAGAGGCCUGCGGCAGGCAGCUUCACCGAGGCGUUUCUGUACAGCACGACUACCUACCAGUCAGACUGGCCCACGCUGCCCCGCUACGAGAGCUACAACUCGUGUAGGGAUCAUGGGCUGCAGUACGUGGCCAGACAAGAACGGGACUGA